UCCGAUACACAACAAAAGCUAAUCAGAAAAUUCACCCAUCAGAGUUAUAGCUAUCAAGAUCGGUUUCUAAGGAGAAGAGCUUCUUUACCUUCUUUCCUUGCGCAGCCAAUCUGUUUCAGCAUCAUCAGAUCUGCUCCAGCACCAUGACGGAUUCAGUCAAUCAUAACUCAAUUCGAACUCUCACUGGCUCAAAUUAUAAGAAAUGGAGAGAAGAUGUGGAAAUUUCCCUUGGACUUCUGGAUUAUGAGAUGGUUCUUACUGAUGAAGCUCUAUCAGUGCCUGCGAGUGAUGCAUCUGCUGAGACUAAAACUAAAUAUGCAAAGUGGAUUAAGGCCAACAAAAUGGCAAUUCUAAUCAUGAGGAGGUCUAUUUCAGAAGAGGUCAGAGGCAGUGUUAUCGAAACUGAGAAUGCUAAGCUAUUCAUGGAAGCUAUUGCAGAAAAUUUCCAAGGAUCCAAGAAAGCUGAAAUAGGCACACUCAUGAGCCAGCUGACAGAUAUGAAAUACAAUGGAGAAGGCUGCAUAAGGACUCACAUUCUGAACAUGGUUGAAAUAGGAAACAAGCUAAAAGCCCUGAAAGUCAAUGUGGAUGAGACCAUGAUGGAAGAACAAAGUAUUAGAAAGGACAAAGGCAAAGAACAAGUGUAUUUCGUGCAGGAUACUAAAUUCAAAUCAAGAGAAUGGACCAAAAACAAGAAUGCAGAUAAGCAGCAAAAGAAAGAUGAGACUGCAAAGGGGAUGGGUCCAGUAGGUCUAAAGUGUUUCUUUUGCAAAAAGUUUGGACACUUAAAAAGAGAUUGCAGGAGAUACAAACGUUGGUUAGAGAAGCAAAAGGGAAAAGGGAUUCAAAACAAAGAGGGUGCCAAACAAGGAUGACUUGAAGGUGUUCGUGGGAAAUGGAGAAAGAGUUAGAGUAGAUUUUGUUGGUUUAGCUAGUCUUGAAUUGGAGUCAGGUUUUAUUUUGGAAUUAGUUGAUGUCGUUUAUGUUCCUUCUAUGACAAGGAAUUUAUUAUC